GGCACCUCAGCCGUGGUAGACGUAGUGCUUCGAAAGGGAGGGGGAGGGGUGUAGCGAGCCGUUGGUUGCCUCGCCGCUAGAUUUCACUGACUGGGUUCUUAAACUGGAUGGCGUUUUAUUUGUUUGCUUAUUUCGUAUAUAUGUUUUUUAUUUUUGCAACAGAGAACAGGAAAUAACAAGAAAGGGUAGCAUAAAACAGGCUUAAUAAUAAAUGUUUUUAAAGAUUUAAACGAUAAGCCUAAUUAUGACGGCAUAGUACAGUAAACGUCAUAACCUGAGCAAGGCUAUAUAAGCCAGCGCGCGCUUCAUAGUGUUGUGGGUUUAAAGUUCGGCGGCUGUUUGGUGUUUUUGCGAGAGUGUGAAGCGAUCGGUGCAGCGUUCCUUGUUUUUCUUCGCAAGAUUUUUGCUCUUUUGAAGUCAUGGAUUGUGUUAUCGUCACCAAUGAGACGUACAAGAAGGCAGUGACAGAGGUGGAUGAUCUCUCUGUGGAGACAGAGGCAGAGUUGUCCACCAAUAUCAAGCUUUCUCAGGAGGCUGUGGCUGCGAAUGGUCUCCAGAAUAAGGCGAAGACGUUGGUUUGCCAAUUAAUUCGUCUUUCCGGCCGCACCUUACAUGAUUGUCUCAGAGACAAGAUAGAGAGGAGGAUCGUUGAACUUGCCGAAUCCUCAGAGGAGGCACGUCGAGUAUUGAGGCUGACCAUGAUGAAAGAGAUGGUCCGGAUGUACAACAUCAAACUUUGGCAGCGCAAGUUGAUAGAUGUCCACAAGGUCAUCGAGCGGUUUCCUUCCAUAUUUUUUAUUCUUGAAGCAAAUCAUCCUUUAUGGAAGACUCUCGAUCCAGAGAACCCCCCACUGAUUGUUGUCCCCUCACCCGGACAACACGACCAGCCUCCGGAGGCUGUGAUGGGGAAUCAUCUCCAGAAAAGGGCAAAGGCUUUGGUUCAACAAUUAACUCGUUGUUCCGGUCCCACCCUGUCUAAAUGGUGCAGAAACGAGGCAGAGAGAAAGCUCAUUGAGUUUGCUGUAUCGUCAGAGGAGGCACACAGAGAAGUGAGGAUGGCGAUUGUUGAAAAGAUGGUCCAGAUGCACAAUAGUAAACGUUGGCGUCAAAAGUUGAUAGGGGUCCACAAGUUCAUCGAGAGGUUUCCUUCCAUAUUUUUUAUUCCUGAAUCAACCCAUCCUGUCUGGAAGACUCUCAAUCCAGAGAAUCCCCCACUGAUUGUUCCCCCCUCGACCGGACAACACGCCCAGCUUCCACCGCCGGAGGCUGUGACGGCGAAGGGUCUCCAGAAUAAGGCGAAGGCGUUGGUUUACCAAUUGAUUCGUUUUUCCGGCCGCACCUUACCUGAUUGUCUCAGGUAA